GUUUGUGGAUAUAGGAUAAAGCUUCACUUUGAUGGAUAUUCUGAUUGCUAUGACUUCUGGGUAAACGCAGAUGCUCUGGACAUUCACCCUGUGGGCUGGUGUGAGAAGACUGGCCAUAAGCUCCGCCCUCCAAAAGGGUAUAAAGAAGAAGAAUUUAAUUGGCAGUCCUACCUUAAGACAUGCAAAGCCCAAGCUGCUCCCAAGUCAUUAUUUGAAAAUCAGAACAUAACAGUGAUCCCAUCAGGAUUUCGAGUUGGAAUGAAGCUCGAGGCUGCAGACAAAAAGAGCCCUUCUGUCAUCUGCGUUGCUACGGUAACAGAUAUGGUGGACAAUCGUUUCCUGGUACAUUUUGACAACUGGGAUGAGAGCUAUGACUAUUG